AUGCUGGUUUAUGGACUGAGAAAUACCGUACCAAAAACAGCAGAUGAGUUGGACUGUCCGCCACAUGUAAAGAGGUUCCUAGAAAAUGCUCUGAAGGACGGAUUCCCCCAUCUCCUACUCUAUGGCCCUCCAGGGACUGGCAAAACCACCUUUGCCUCAAUCCUCAAGCCAACCCUUGAGCUGAAUGCCUCUGAUGAUAGAGGAAUAGACAUAAUCAGAAAUAAAAUAAAGAAAGUGGCAAAUACGGUUGCGCCACAGGUUAUUCUGCUGGAUGAGUGCGAGAACCUCACAAAGGACUCGCAGACCUGUCUGAGACGAAUUCUCGAGGACUUUCCCAAUACUCGGUUCAUUUUCUGCACAAACUAUUACAGUAGGAUAAUAGAUCCGCUCAAGUCUAGGCUUCUUAAGAUUAAAUUUACACUGAAGGAGAGCAGGGCGUUGGAAAGAAUAGGAAAGAGUGAAGGCAUGGACCAUGACCCGUCGUUUUACAAGGAUCUUUUUAGAAAAUGCAAUGGAGAUCUAAGAAAGUGCUUGAACAUUCUUCAAGGCAUAAAGCCUUUAGCCACAUUUGACAUCGAGGACCUCAUAGGACGAGCCAAGGACGAAGUGGUGGAUGGGUUUAUGAAAAUCACAGACAAGAACUACGAAGCUUUUAUAGACAGCUUCAUUUUUGAAGGCUAUUCUGCUUUACAGUUAAUUCACCAGCUGAAUGAAAGGAUAUUUGAAAUUAAGGAAAACGACAAGCAAAGAUGCGAGUUUGUAAAAAUAUUGGCAGAGUGUGAGUCCAAGUGUUUGAUUGGAUGUUCUGAGGAUGUUGUUCUUAAUUUCCUAUGUCUGAAUUAUAUUUUAAUAAAUUGA